GACGUUGAUUUAGGCAACGUGAUAGGCAUACGCAAUCCACGGGAAGGCCCAUGUGUAAGCGCUGGUAGUGAUGUUUCAACGGCGAACCAGAGUCAGGUGUCUGUACGUAAACCAGGUGGCAGAUGGCAUGAGACGGAAGCGCGCGCGCCCUCCGAAGCAGCGUAGAGAUACACAGCGGCUGCAAGCAAGACAUAAAAUCGUCUAAUGCUCCCGCGAGGUAAGAUGCACAGCUUGCACACAGCUUCAAUCUAUUUCAAGCAACAUUCGUUCAUGAGCUCGUCUCAGAUUCUCUUACCGGGCAGACUACUAGGUCGCCACGUUCAGCUUCAGAUUACGAGCUUGCCUCCCGCACAGCGACCACGCACAUCACACACCCGAGAGCGACGCGGCGAAUCAGGCGCACCUUCUGGCCGGUCAAAGUCUCGAGACCUGCAGGGGCCGAACAAAUCACAUAUCUUGUUUCAGCGUUGGGCAGCGAAUCGAAUCCCUGUGGAGGUGUUCGUCUGUGCACGGGGCCUGCAUAUCCUAGUCCUCGGCGCUUAGAGAACGCUGGGACUCCUCUCGCCCAAAAAUAACCGGAUACGACCCAUACAGCGGCCAACAACAACAGCGCAUCCGCGCCAAGCUAGUGUCAUAGUACAUACAAUAAACACUCUCUUCCCCAGGCGCCAA